CUGUUGCUGUCGCCCGGCGGUGGGAAGGGCAGUCAGCUGCGGCUGUUUGGGCUGAUUCCAGAGAGCGGACGUCCACGUUGUGAAUUAAAUAAUCUGUUUAGUCCGAGAUAGUCGAGGACCUGCACCUGAAGGAGGGGAUGGGGGGAAACAGUCCGAGUCACUUCUCCCAGGAGGAAGAAGGCGGAGGAGUCACUUUUGUGAAGGGCAUUCGGCUGUCAGACAGAGUCAUCCACCGGAUGAAACAGUCGCCAAAGGGCACCUGUCCUCAGUUCGCAGCUGAACCAGAAACACCGACGGUCACUCCAGUUCCUGCCCCUGCUGUGGAGCACUCGUUACCUCUUCUUUCACCUCCUUCAUCCUUCCCCACUCCUCCUCUGGAAACUCCAUCCCCACCUCCGUCAGUGGAACCAGCUCCUCCUGUGAAACUGAUCCCUCCUCCUCCAGUGAAGUUUCACUCCCUUCCUCCAACCUCCCUGGAGCCUGCAGCACCUCCUCCUCCUCUAACCGACCCUGUUGUCUCGGCUCCACCUCCAUCCACACCUUCUCCACAAGUCGAAGUGCACGUGGAGCCUGAAUCUGUUCCUUCACCUCCUGCUGCGGAGCCCAUAGUCCUGCCUCCCGUUGACUCCUUCGCCCCACCUCCUGUAGAGCCAGAAAUCCCGACCUCACCUCUGAUCACAGAACAGAUCGUCGAGCUUGUCGUCCUCCCUCCUCCUGUACAGUCAUCUCCAGAGUCUGUGGCUCCACCUGAACCUCCAUCUCUUCCCUGUGAACUUGUGAUACCAAUAUGUCCCACUACUACUGAGCCUGCUGCUGUAGCUCCAUCUCCUCUUGAAUCUGCUGCUCCUUCACCUCCAUCAGUGGAAUCAGCUCAACUUUCCCCUGCCGUUGAGUCCGCACCAGUUACACCAGUAAUCCCACUCUGCCCUGUGGAUUCACCUCCAGUUGAAGCUGCAGUUUUACCUCCACAAGUGGAGACAGCUCCGGUUGAGCCUGUGGUUCUGUCUCCUGUAGCUGAAGAAGUGCCUUCAGUCGUGGCUCCAGCUGUUGAAUCGACGCCUCCGUGUGACCUGCUUCCACCUCCUCCUGCUCCUGAGCCAAUUGCCGCGUCUCCAUCUCCUCUAGAACCAGUUGCAGCACCUCCACCUCCUCCAGAGCCAGCUGCAGCACCUCCACCUCCUCCAGAGCCAGUUGCAGCACCUCCACCUCCUCCAGAGCCAGCUGCAGCACCUCCACCUCCUCCAGAGCCAGCUGCAGCACCUCCACCUCCUCCAGAGCCAGCUGCAGCACCUCCACCUCCUCCAGAGCCAGUUGUAGCACCUCCACCUCCUCCAGAGCCAGCUGCAGCACCUCUACCUCCUCCAGAGCCAGUUGCAGCACCUCCACCUCCUCCAGAGCCAGUUGCAGCACCUCCACCUCCUCCAGAGCCAGUUGUAGCACCUCCACCUCCUCCAGAGCCAGCUGCAGCACCCCCUCCUGCUCCAGAGCUCUCUUUUGAGGAAUCCCCUCCACCCUGUCAGUGUGUGGAGCUGGCUGUUGUUCCCUCUGAUGCACCUGUAAAUGUGCCCCUUCCAGAGCCUGUAGCUCCACCUCCUGCUGAACCAGCUGCACCUGCUGAGGAGCCCACCAUCACCCUGACUCUGCCCCCAGUUGUUGAAGAUGAAGUACCUGUUGUCAUGGCAGUGCCACCACCUGCAGCAGCCCUGCCCAUUUCUCCUGAGAUGGUGGAGGAAGAGUUGAGGCAGAAGAUCAAAGAGGAGAUGCAGCAACGUCUGGAGGAGCAGAUCAACCAGAAGAGGCAGGAGCUGCAGCUACAGCUGGAGGAGAUCAGGGCUCAGGCUCGAGCAGAAGCGAAGGCAGCAGCUCUGGCUCAGGUGGAUGAGCAGGUGAAGAAGACUCUGGAGGCGGAGAAGACGGCCUACAUGGAGAAGCUGACGGACUCUAUCACCAAAGAGCGAAUGAAGACCGAGGAUGAGAGGCUCAUGGUGCAGCUUUACUGGAUGGAGAUGAAGGCUCAUCAGCUGGAGGAGAAAGAGAAAGAGCUGAAGAAACGAGACGCUCUCUACAAGGAACAUAUCGCAAAACUUGAAGCAAAGUGCACGGAGUUUUACAGAGCGUCCGCUGAGAGCUUCCAGAAGGGCAAAGAAGAGACUCACAACCGCUUUGCGCGUUUCAACAUCCAGCCAGUGUGUGGAGACCUGCAGAGUCAGAUACUAAAAUGCUACAAGGAGAACACAGGACAGACUCUGUCCUGCUCCAGCAUCGCCUCGGCCUACAUGCAGUGUGUGGACAACGCCAAGAAGAAAAAGCUGAUCACUGGCGGUUAAUGUGGAUACGGGACGAGGGCGACGUCUGACAGGUUCACUGCUGCAGCAGAGAAAACACGAUGGACAGAAAUCCACAAACAGACACGAUACAGAAGUGACAGGAGAGCAUCUGAAGACGUGCCAUAUAACCGCAUGAACCGACGUGUCUGGAGUAGUCUUCCAGUGCGGUGUCACAAAAACCAAACAGUUUAGCUUUAAGUAAAGAGACACUCGAUAUCUGCAACUGUCUCUGGUUCUUGGGAUCAUCUUUAAACCAACUGUGCCGACAGGACAGCAUCUGGGAUUUUUAAGUGCUUCAAAGAAACAUGCGGGUUUUUUUCACAGCAGUGUGAAUUCAAGUCAGGUAUUUGUACGAGAUAUAUGAUUAACGAGAGCCUGUUUAAUCAUUGUGUGUGUGUGUGUGCCUUGAUGUUUUGAAAGCUCAUUUUAAGAGUGCAGAUGCAUGAAGGAACCAUUAAGUGAGCAGAGUGCAAUGUAACGAAGACCUGUAUGAAAAACAGAGAUACAUCAAUAAACUCAGAUGUGUUUAAAUAUUA